GUGGGGAGGCUAAGUCUGGCUGACGCUCCUGAGGAGACGUCGCUGCCUCACAGCGCGCCCUCAGCUCGAGGACCUCUGAGGUGACGGAGCCCGCGCGCCCCCUCAGCUGCCGCCGCCCGCGCCCACCUCGAAAAUGCGUUCCCGCCCACGGCCUCUCGCGACGCCCUCAGCGCAGCGGGGCAGCGACGGGGUGCGCGGCGCCCAUGUGUUCCAAGGGGGGGCGGUGUGGCGAAGCUAAGCAGGGUCGCCCCGGGUCGGCUGCUGGAGGGUCGGCUGCUGGAGGGGUGACGGCAAGUGUUUGUCGUAGUGCGGAGCGGGGGAAAAUCUCUGUCAGCCCCACACCGCGGCACUGCUCCCGGUACCGCUAUUCCCGGACCUCUGCCCAGCGCUCAAGCGGCCCCGAGCGUGGGGGCCGGGCCCGGGGCGGGCGGGGCGCGGUGUGGUCCCGGGGCGGAGCGCGGGCGGUGCUCGGAGCCCCGAGCGCUGCGAGGGGACAGCGGCGGUGCCCAUGGCCGUCCCGGAGGAGGCGGCCGUGUCCCGGCUGGAGGGGGGCUGGCAGGAGGUCUACUCGGCUCUCCAGUGGAUCCACUUCACCAUGGCCAUGCUCAGUGUUAUAGGUUCCAGCUCCAUCAUCACUUAUGCCAUCUUUCAAAACGUGGUGCGGUCCCCUGAGGUUCGCCCUCUUUUCUACCUGAGUCUCUCUGACCUAUUUCUGGGGAUGUGCUGGCUCGCUGGAGCGGUGCUCUAUAGCACACCAACCUCCAAGCAGGAUCUCAUCUGCUACAACCUGCAGGCAAUGGGACAAGUAUUCUACGUGGCCUCUUUUCUGUACACUGCCAACUACACCUGGCACCUGUACAUGGACCUGAAGAUGAAAUACAAUCAGAACCUUAACAGGAUGACCCCCACAGUUGCAGAUUAUGCAAGUUGCAUUGGCCGAGUAGCAACGAUUUUGUCCAGCCUGAUCCCUUUUCUUCUAAUGGUGCCUGUGUUUUGCCUGGGCAACAACAGUAACUGCUACCAGAACUUCAGUCAAAAGCAUGGAUGUCUCUUGAUGCACACAGAAAUGGCGGAGCCCACCAACGAGCCGCUAACGCUGAGUGCCUCUGUUUGCCGAGCAAUGCAUUUCUAUGGCAUUGGGGUCUUCCUUGUUUCCUUUCUGAUCAGCUUCGUAGCCAUUCUGGUUGUACUCGUUCAAGCCCGAGGUUUGUACAAAAGGUUCGUAAACUCCACGGGAUUCCUGGGAGAUCAGCAGUGGGCAAUGAUUAAGAUGGUGGAACAACGAGUGGUUUUUUACCCCAUCGCAUUCUUCUGCUGCUGGGCGCCAGCUGUCCUCCUUGGGAUACUGAAGCUGACAGCUUCAGCAAGCAGCAAAAUCUACAUGGCUCUUCUCAUUCUACAGGCGCUGACAGCAGCUUCUCAGGGACUUCUGAACUGCAUUGUGUACGGCUGGACACAGCAUGUCUUCCUCUCCCUCAAACGCAACAUCUGCCGCGACGUUGACACUCAGACUCCUCUGCUGCGCUCUCAGAAGAAGUUCUACGCCAGCACGCUCCCUGCCAGCCCUCCAGACACAGAGGUGUCCACGUCUACCCUGCUCUGAUGAAUCCCUGCGGCAAAAAGGAGAGUAGGCAGCAUCCCAAUGGGGCCUCGUAUUUUAGCAAUGUCAGCCCGCACGGCUGUUGGGCUGUCUGGGUGUGAACUGUUCUGUCAGCAGCACGGUUAACUGUAGUGCUGCAAGAGCCUCAGCAGAUCUGUCAGAAAAGCACUUUCAGUGAGGAUAGUUAUUUAUUUUACAGAUUUCUAUGGACUUAAAAGGGAUUCUUUAAACCUGGUAAAUUUUUAGCACAGGCUUUCUUCGUAUGGAAGUAUCUCUAGAAAUACAGCGAAUUAUAUGUAACAACUCCAGUAUCUAGUACAGCUCCUCUGAGGGCAUGUGGUCAAAGGAUGUUUUACUUUUCUAAGUAUUUGUCAGGUAUUUGCCAUUACAAGUUAACAUUAAAUCAAAGAUGAAUGUUUUUAAA